AACAUGAAGUCUCUCCUGAUGCUCCUGGCAGUGGCAGCCAUCACCAUAGGACAAGCCCAAGCUCUCCGAUGUUACGUCUGUGAAAGUUCUGACAAUUGCAAGAAACUGGGCUACUGCCCCAAUUCUUCUCAGUUCUGCAGAACAACCAUCAGCUUCCAUCAAUUGUCAGGAAACCUUGUGAAGAAGGAAUGUGCUGACUACUGCACUGAACAGAAUGCUAAUCCGAGUCAGAUCCAACCCCUGGUCCGGUGCUGUAAAACAGACUUGUGCAAUUAUGGAAUAGAGAACUCAGCUCCUGUCCACAUGGUCCUCAGCCAUGCUGUCCUGGCCCUCAGCCUUACCCUGGCACUGGUCUCUGUCCUCUACUGGCCCAGCCUGUAACCCUUAGCCAGGCCAUAAUCUCCCCCACCCCACCCCAAGCCUGUCCUGGAAGGUUGGAGCCUUCUCUCCACACAACUCCAGCCCAGCUCCGUGU